CUCAUGCGACACCUUUCGCUCCUUCAUCGUCGUGUAGGUCGCCGAUGCCAUUAAAUUGUUUGCCCUCCUUCGAGCUCACGAGCACUUUGGCGUUGCAACUGCUAUGCUGCAGAGCAACAUAAGAAGGCGCGCACCUCCCUCAAUUCCCAGAUCGAUUUCGCAAUGGGCCUCAUCUCGGACGUGCUCAUUCAACGUUUCGCCACUCCAGAUUGAGGCAUGACCGCCAUCACAAGCUGCCCGGGCUCCAUCUUAACUGUUUGAUACAGGGCGGCACUCCUUCUCUGGACACGAUGGGGAUCAAGAACAUCUUCCGCUUGAUCAAGGACCACGCGCCUCAUGCCGUGCGCGAGGUCAGGGGAUGGGAAGAGCUAGCAGGAUCAAAGCUCGCCUUCGACGGCACUCUGAUGCUCAUGAGGCUACACUUCUCUCCGAGCGAAAGUGACAAUCGGCAUAUGCUGGGUCUUUCAAACCUGCUCAGGACGUUGCGCAGUCAUCGAAUCCAGCCCGUCUUCGUCUUUGAUAAUCCAGAGCCAACCGCGCGGGUUCCAGAAAAGCUGCGGGAACACCAGAAGCGGAAGCUGCAUCGAGCUCGACUCAACCUCAGGCUGCGAGAGGAAAACAAGAGGAUGGAGAGGAUUGCGGUCAUCAAACAGUUGGUGCCAGAGUGGGCUGAUAUGGACGAGAAUUCUAGGCUGGAGUGUGCAAGAUAUCUUCAGCAGUGGUCCACGCCGACACGGCGAUCCACCUGGCACGUGGACGCCGGCGCAGAUUCCAAUGCGGCUGCCGCUAGUGAAGAGCUGACAAGCAGCAAUGAACCACGAAUCCUGACAGAGCUUCAUGAUGCAGAGCUAAGAAGCGAAGUUCAGGCUCUUAAAUCCUUGGCUGCACGCUUGGACGGCCAGCCUAGCUCUUCUGAUGCACUAUCUGCGAUCAACACUAGUCACCAAAUCAAUGACACGGGUAAGGACACCGAAGCUCGGUCAGCCUCGAUUUCUGCCAUCCAGGCUUCUCAAGGUCUUACGUUUGCCAAGCGCAUUCUGCGGCUACAAAUCGACUUUCUCGAAGCGAUGUGCAAGGAAACCGCGAUGGACGAUGAAGGUUAUCUGCAAGAUCUUGCGGCGUCCAAGCCAUUGAAGGAGUCGCGUAGACAAAGGCUCUUGUCCCUCACCGAAGGCCAAAUGCAUGGAGCAUUCCAAGCUGGUUCCACGUCUCUAGCCUAUUCUGUCAGCAAAAGGCUCGACGCUUCUACCAUCAGUAGUGAAGAAGCGGUACAUGAGGCUCUAGAGACGCAUCCCGAGCCAGAAGUAGAGCCAGCGAUUGCCGAGACCCAUGCGUGGACAGACAAGAUCACCGAGAUCGAGCUUGCCGAUGAGCUCGCGUCGCGAGGCGAGCGCACUGCGCACUCUAUAGGGGCUACUGCGCCAUCGAGCGCAGAGGUGGCUGGUGGGACAAAGGAUACUACGCCAGCGGACGAGGCAAGCUUCGAGGUCGCGCAGCCUGAGCAAGGUCAGCUCGUGUCUUCGCCGGCGAAGCAGGAGCGCCCACUCACCACCCUGCUUCAAGAGAUGACUCAAGCGCAUGACGUGAUCACCACAGGCUACAAACGAGCAACGCGCCCACUCCCGCCCAAUCUUUCGCAGACCGCGGCAGAGCUGUGUUCCUUGCAUGGUGUACCAGUCAUCUGGACGGGAUCGGGUGUGGCAGGUGUCCAGAGACCUGGAGAAGCCGAAGCGUUGUGCGCAGAGAUCGUUAAGCAGGGGUUUGCAGAUGCUGUGGUGUCCGAAGAUAGCGAUACACUGCUGUACGACGUGCCGAUGUUACGAGGCGCUCUUGGGGGUCCUCUACAGAUGGUGGAUGCUCAAGCCGUGCGUCGAGCAUUCUUUCCGCCUGAACGUCUCGCGAGCACGUCCAGCGCUCAUCACAUACAAGAAAUUGGGACGCAGUCGCACGACGCGGACUCAACUUCAGACAGUCCCUUAGUGUCGGUCACUGGCGGUGCGAUCAGUCUCGAAGGGGAUAUGGAGAGUUCUGCUCGCUUCAUGGAGCUUGCCCUUCUGUGCGGCACUGACUUUAACAGGACAGUGCCCAGCAUCUCCAUCAAGCGAGGCUUGCAAUUCAUCCGUGAAUACGGUCGGAUCGAGCGCAUCUUGCAGCCGGCUGAAGGCGACAAGGAGCUCUUGCGCUCGCCAAUAAAGGAGAAGGGCACCCAGCUGUUGCCCGAGCAAGGGAGAAAGGUCAAGGCACCGUUGCCCCCAGCUAAAUUCGUACCUCCGGACGGGCUUUCCAUCGCGGAAUACAAGCAGGAGCUGACGAGCGCCAAGCGAGUCUUCAAGAGGCGGCCGACCUUGCACAGGGACAGGAAGACUUUGCAAGCUUGGUCCGCUGCUCCUCGUUCGCAGGAAUGGAACUCUCCCGACGGAGAGGCUCUUGCGGAAUUUUGGAAGCGCACACACGUGAUAGAUGAGGACGAUGAGCGAGCUUACGCCAUGUUUGACGGACACAGUCACAGUGACAGCGAGGUUGCUAGGCGUCGACGACCUGACACGCCCGGCUCUUUUGGCAAGAACAUGUUCGAUGACUCACCUAAAGACUCUCAACACACUGCAAGCUGGAAUCCUGAGCGCCAAUAGCGCGCAAUCUACGGAGCAGCUUUCGUCCAAAUAUUCAAGCUGUGCGGCGCUGCAUGCUUCGUUUCGGUACACAAGAUCUCCGAGUCUCAAUCAUUCGGCAUUGCUCAUACUAUUCCCAGUCUUCCGCCACAUUUGGAACCCAUGGCACUCAAUUUGCUUCAACUCUUACUCAAAUGCAUCACCGUGAAUGAUGGACACGAAACAAGAAAAUCGACUGACAAGCUCUUGUUGCUCGUGCAAGUAUCGUGACAGGUAUGAAUUGAGAAAGGCUGUGAACGACUGAGCGAAGCACAGACGAAAUUCGCACAGAUCAGAAUGGCAAGAUGACGGGCUAUAACGAUGCUCGGGUGCGCGACAACCACUCAGAGGUUGCAAGUGAGCGAAUCAUUCCGCCAUGGAAGAAGCCGCGC